AUGCAGGCCUUCGGGCCGCCCGCCGAGCCUCACCUUCCUCCUCACCCCCAGGAGCUGCUGGACGUGGCGGUGUGCCCCGGCAUCUACCCACCGGGCCGGCCCCUGCCAACCCCGCCUCAGCUCCCCGCCGCCAACCCCUACCUGUGGCUGGCCGGGCCCGCCGCCUCCUACCUGCCCGCCGGCCCCUUCCCGCCCUCGGGCUGCGCCUCGGCGCAGAGGCCGGCGUCGGGUUCCGCGGGUGCGGAACGGGGUUGGCCGGGUUCGUCUCCUCCUCAGGAGUGUCCGCGGCCGGCCAGGCCUCCCUAUUCGUACUCGGCGCUGAUCGCCAUGGCCAUCCACAGCGCGCCGGGCCGGCGGCGGACCCUCAGCCAGAUCUACCAGUACGUGGCCGAAAACUUCCCCUUUUACGAGAAAAGCAAGGCGGGCUGGCAGAACUCCAUCCGACACAACCUUUCCCUCAACGACUGCUUUAAGAAGGUCCCGAGGGACGAGGACGACCCGGGCAAAGGCAACUACUGGACCCUCGACCCCAACUGCGAGAAAAUGUUCGAUAACGGCAAUUUUAGGAGGAGGAGGAAGAGACGGGCCGAAGCCGAGGCGGCGGGGAGCGGAGGGGGGCUGCGGAACCCCCCCGGGGCCAAUUCCCCCCUCUACGGCCGCACCGGGGCCCAGGGAGCUGGUGGCCCGUGGUGCGGGUGGCCCGAUCCAGCCCGCGCUUUGCCCCACAGAGCAGAAGCCCCCCACGCACCCGCCGGCUUCCCAGAGCACCUGCUGCUUGAAGCUGCCUUGGUAAAAACACCUCCGGGUUAUCCACAGCAUCCACACGAUACAAAGUUCUGGACCCAACCGUACGGGCUGAACUCCAUAUUUUCACCUCGAGACUAUUUGCCCUGGGACAGUAUGGCAUUGCAGGACCCUGAAAAUGCAGCAAGAGACAAAGAGGAGGACCCCAGGUGGCUGCAGGUGCUUCGGGCUUUCCCAGCGUGGUCUUUGUUAGCAGCUCGGCUGGGUCCGGCGCUGGGAAAGUCCAUGGAGAGCUCAGUGAAAGGGCCACGCUGCAUUGCCAGAACUUUUCUUCAGGGAGCGUUUUAA